AUGGACCCUUCACAGCGGCGGUCGCUACAGCACUUGCCGCGCUCCGAGCCUGACCAGCUCCACGCCAGAGGCGAGUGUGUAAAAACAAACCUCUCCCUCCAGUCCGUUUCAAAGGGGAGUUGCUUUAUUUUCUCUAAAUCCCCAAGCAGAUGCUCCUGGAACUUCCCGCUCGAGAAACGAUUAACAACUCUCCUUUCCUCGCAUCCUUUUCCAGGCACGGGUUCCAGUCCAGUUCGGAUAGAUCCAGAUAUAAGCCCCCAGGAUGAGAAGCAGCACCGGAAAAGUACAUCACGGAGACCUUCGCAAGUUACACGUGAAGAUUUUGACGCCCCUGCGCCCGCUUCCUUCAAGCCCCUCUGUCCUGCCAAGCCCUCCCCCAGUUUUCUGGAGCUCCCGUCUACGCAGUGGAGGCCCAGCCCAGGCUUGCCGUACAGCCAGGCAGCGAGAAUAGGAAAAGGAAAGAGACAUUUCUCACCGGACCACCAGCCCCAGGAGUGCUUCGGGCUCCUGGAGUGCAUGCACAGCAACAUCCAGAUGCAGACGCAGAUCGCCCAGGCCCAGCUGUCCCUCCUGGAGGACAUGCGGGAGUCCAUGAACGUCCUUCUUUCCAGGCAGGAGAGGCAGAGCCUGGAGCUCACGGGGCAGCCGGAGCUGCGGCCCACCAAGGGCUCCACUUCCUCCCCCCGCCCCAUCAGCUAGCUCUCAGGGCAGCCCCGCCGUUGUGCAUUCACACGUGCUGCAGAAUUUGGAUUUUACGCCAGCAGGAAGGCCCCAAAUAAAC